UCAAUCAAUCAUCAUCAUCAUCAGGUAGCUAGGCUAGAAUGGGGGAGGAGAUGAGAUUUCUAGGGAUGUUAAUGGCGGAAGUAGUGCCAUGCAUAUUGAUGGCGACAAUGGAAGCUUUGACUAUAGCCUUAACCAUUUUGGCAAGCACCGUUAUCGCCAAAGGAAUCAGCCCUUUUGUUUUCGUGGCUUAUACAAGCGCUCUUUCAUCUCUCUUCCUCCUCCCGUCUUUGACAAUUAAUUCCAGCCGCCGCACUCUAAGUGAACAGGAGGAGGGCUCUCUCUUUAGCUUACCUCUUCUCGUCAGAAUCUUCAUCCUCGGUCUCAUAGGGGUUCCAAUAGCACAAAACUUGGCAUUUCUUGGUCUGAGCUAUAGUUCUCCUAUUGUUGCUUGUGCAAUGGCCAAUUUGAUCCCAGCCAUUUCCUUUAUUCUAAACAUUCUUCUCAGGAGAACAAGAAUUGAUUGGAAGAGUGGAAGUAAUAAGAUAAAAAUAGUGGGCACAUUCAUAUCAAUUGUUGGGGCUCUAUCAACCACUUUUUAUAAGGGUCCUGUCGUAAGGAAACAAUCAACACAUCUUCUUCAACUCGCCCCGAGGCUUUUCGUUUUCAUGUCUCCAAACGAGAAAUGGAUCCUCGGUUGCGCUCUCUUUGCCUCUGCUUCAUUAUCUUUUGCUAUUUGGAACAUCAUCCAGGUAGAAACGGUUAAGUUGUAUCCAGAUGUGAUGAAAAUAGCGUCAUCUUAUACACUUGUGGGGACACUACUAACCGGAAUAGUGGCAUUAACGGUGGAGAGGGACCUAAGUGCUUGGAGUCUUAAACUUGACAUGACCCUUCUUGUUAUUGUUUUAACGGCGAUUUUUGGCAGUGUGGUGAGAAGUAAUACUCAAAUAUGGUGCACCAAGGUUAAGGGUUCUUUCUUUGUCCCACUUUUUAAGCCUUUUACUGUCCCUUAUGCUACUUUUUGCGGCUGUUACUUCUUUGGCGACACUUUUCACUACGGCAGCAUUAUGGGUGCGACAAUUGUGGGGGUGGGAUAUUAUACGAUCAUGUGGGGUCUGAUGAGAGAAGGCGACGAAAAGUCCAAAAUCCUUUCUGCUGCUGCCAAUGAAGAAUCAUCGGAGGAAAAAAUUCCUCUUUUGCGAGAUGAAGAAGAAUCACAAGUUUAAUUAAUAAGCUAGCCCAUUUGAAGUAGUUAGUUCUGCUUCUUCAUAUGGAUGUAUUAGCUAGGAUUAGAAUUAGAAUUAGAACACAUAAUAUUUAGUGUUCUUCUUCUUAAUUCUUCCUCGAUCUCCUCUCUUGUACAUAGAGAUAAGCCCCAAAGUUGGCAUCAGCGUGUGUGAUUAUCAUUAUCUUCAUCUACCAAUGGCCAAUUGUAGAUGAUGAUCCCUUCUUCUUCUUCUCGAUCUUGAUCUCCUGAUCACUUGUCAAUCUCUUCUAUGUAAUAAAUAAUAUUAUGAUGUGCAUGCAUGAACAGAGGAGGUUUGUUUUAAAAUUAUCUCCUUUGACUUGUGAUUAAUGCCCCUAAUCAUAUCCUUUGUAUGUUUCAUCUAGCUCUCACAAUCCCCUGAUCAAACUAAUCACGUAAUUAAUUAUCU